AUGUCGAGUCCGGCCAAGGCGAGGAAGCUCAACAGUGGCAAGAAGCAGCCGGCAGCUCAGUCCAAGGGACUUGAGUACUUCUUUUCCAAGCAGAAACAGCCCGAAUCGCCAAAUCCAUCAACUGGCGAGGAUGGCGCGCCGAGCAGCUCUUCCGCUCUGCUCUCAGACGAGGAACUGGCACGCAAGCUACAGGCAGAAUGGAAUCAAGAGGUAGCAAGUCACCGCCAGACUCCCUCUGAAGGCCAAAGCUCAACGCCCAAGGACUCAGACGUCGGAGCCAUCUCAAAGACGGAAGACGGCGACUCCACGCCUGCUUCUGUCAGCAACCCGGAGCCACCAACUGCCGAUGCAGCUCUGAGGAAGCAAGACAACAGGAAGACGCUGUCUCUGCAAUCUACCGGGAUGGUUGAUGACGCAGUCACAAACUCCAUUCCUCUUGACGAGUCUCCUCUCACCUUUGAACCGUCAAAGUACGUAAAACUACUACAAGAGUGCUGGGCUGCCGAAAAGGGCGACGCUACAUAUGCUCUCCUUACCAGAUGCUUUGUCCUUGUUAGCGCAACGACAAGCCGCAUCAAGAUUGUUGAUACCCUUGUGAACUGCCUGCGAAUCUUGAUCGAAGGCGAUCCCUCUAGCCUCUUACCAGCGGUCUGGCUUGCCACAAACUCCAUAUCGCCUCCAUACAUUUCCAUGGAGCUUGGGCUCGGUGGCUCUGCCAUAUCCAAGGCACUUCGCCAAGUCUGCGGCCUUGAUAACCGGUCUCUCAAGGCCAUCUAUGACAAGUACGGGGACCCGGGCGAUGUUGCUUUCGAAGCCAAGAAGAAACAGAGCUUCACGUUGAGAAAACCAAAGCCGCUCACCAUCAAGGGUGUCUAUCAGGCCUUGGUUAAGAUUGCCACUACACAUGGGCAGGGAAGUGGCGAGGCCAAGCAGCGGAUCGUCGAUCGGCUAUUGCAAGAUGCGCGAGGAGGAGAGGAAAGCCGGUUUAUUGUUCGAACGGUCUCGCAAUAUCUUCGCAUUGGUGCCGUGAAGACUACUAUGCUUAUCGCGUUGUCAAGGGCGUUCCUGCUGUCCAAGGCCCCUGGCUCUGAAUACAGCACAAAGGAUGUCGGGGAACUGCGUAAGCUGAAGAAGGAAGAGUUGGCAGACGUAUGGGGCAAGGCGGAAGAGAUUGUCAAAGCCAGCUUUGCGAGACACCCCAACUACAACGACCUCAUCCCUGCACUCCUCGAGAUUGGGGUAUGCGAGGAGCUGCUUCUGCGAUGCGGCUUGACUCUCCACAUUCCACUGCGUCCCAUGUUGGGGAGCAUAACCAGAGACCUCUCAGAGAUGCUGACGAAGCUCCAGGGGAGAGACUUUGCAUGCGAGUUCAAGUAUGACGGGCAGCGCGCACAAGUCCACUGCGACGACAAAGGCAAAGUGUCCAUCUUCUCCAGACAUUUGGAGCUCAUGACGGAAAAGUACCCCGACCUGGUGGACCUUGUGCCCAAGAUUAGAGGAGAGGGCAUCGGAAGCUUCAUCAUGGAGGGAGAAGUGGUGGCUCUUGAUCGAGAGACGGGCGAGCUGAAGAAUUUCCAGACAUUGACGAAUCGUGCGCGAAAGGAUGUGGCGAUUGGAGACAUCAAAAUCGACGUGUGUCUUUUCGCGUUUGACCUCAUGUACCUCAACGGGCAAUCUCUCUUGAACCGACCCUUUCGAGAACGGCGAGAGCUUCUUCGAUCGCUCUUCACCGAGGUGCCGCAUCACUUUACCUGGGUCAAGAGCCUGGAUGCUACGUCUGGAGACUCCGAAGCAGUUCUUGACUUCUUCAAGUCGGCGUUGGAGAACAAAUGCGAAGGCAUCAUGGUAAAGAUCUUGGACAACAUACCCGACCCACCUUUGGCGGAGGCGGCGGAGGGCGAUGUUGAGCAGCCGCAGCCCCUGGAAGACACGGAGAAACUGUCACUACCAAAGACUCGAUCAAAGGGCAAGGCGAAGCCGAAAACUUCUGCAAAGGCCGACGGUGAAGAGAAAGCAACAAAAUCUCGAAGGAAGCCGCUCUUAGCGACUUACGAACCAGAUAAGCGGCUUGAUUCCUGGCUCAAGGUGAAGAAGGACUAUAACUCGAGUUUCGACACAUUGGACAUGAUUCCCGUUGCUGGAUGGCAUGGGCAGGGCCGAAAGGCCAAGUGGUGGUCUCCCAUCCUGAUGGCGGUGCGGAACGAGGAAAGCGGUAUGCUCGAGGUGGUGUGCAAAUGCAUCUCGGGCUUUACAGACUCAUUCUACAAGGCGAACAAGGCGUUUUAUGACGACGGCGAAGAGAGCGGAGAGCCCAAAAACACCAAGCUGCAGAAGCCGAGUUUUAUAGAAUACCACGGUCCGGCUCCGGAUGUUUGGUUCGAGCCGCAGGAGGUGUGGGAAAUGGCGUUUGCGGACAUUACGCUCAGCCCGGUGUAUACGGCUGCCAUUGGGCUUGUGAGCGACGAGCGAGGCCUGAGUUUGCGGUUUCCGCGGUUUUUGAAGAAGAGAGACGACAAGAGCAUUGAAGAAGCCAGUACGAAUGAGUUUCUUGCUAAUCUAUGGAGGAAGCAGGAAGCUAAGGCGGCGUCAACGGCAAAGGAUGAGGUUGAGGUGGAGGAUGCUGCAGAUGUUGAGGAAGAGGAUUGA